AUGCCCUACCAGCACUACAUGCCCUACCAGCACUACAUCCACUACCAGCACUACAUGCCCUACCAGCACUACAUGCCCUACCAGCACUACAUCCCCUACCAGCACUACAUCCACUACCAGUACUACAUCCACUACCAGCACUACAUCCACUACCAGCACUACAUGCCCUACCAGCACUACAUGCCCUACCAGCACUACAUCCACUACCAGCACUACAUCCACUACCAGCACUACAUGCCCUACCAGCACUACAUCCCCUACCAGCAAUACAUGCCCUACCAGCACUACAUGCCCUACCAGCACUACAUCCCCUACCAGCACUACAUCCACUACCAGCACUACAUGCCCUACCAGCACUACAUGCCCUACCAGCACUACAUCCCCUACCAGCACUACAUGCCCUACCAGCACUACAUCCACUGCCAGCACUACAUCCACUGCCAGCACUACAUCCACUGCCAGCCCUACAUCCACUGCCAGCACUACAUCCACUACCAGCACUACAUCCACUACCAGCACUACAUGCCCUACCAGCACUACAUCCCCUACCAGCACUACAUGCCCUACCAGCACUACAUCCCCUACCAGCACUACAUGCCCUACCAGCACUACAUCCACUGCCAGCACUACAUCCACUACCAGCACUACAUCCACUACCAGCCCUACAUCCACUACCAGCCCUACAUCCACUACCAGCCCUACAUCCCCUACCAGCACUACAUCCCCUACCAGCACUACAUCCACUACCAGCACUACAUCCACUACCAGCACUACAUGCCCUACCAGCACUACAUCCCCUACCAGCACUACAUCCACUACCAGCACUACAUCCCCUACCAGCACUACAUCUCCUACCAGCACUACAUCCACUUCCAGCACUACAUCCACUGCCAGCACCGCACAGACCCAUAA